AUGCAAAUCGUAAUCAAUCCCAAAGACAACAACACGUUUGCCAGCGCUUCGCUCGACCGGACGGUCAAAGUGUGGCAAAUGGGCUCCAGUUCUCCCAAUUUCACUCUCGAGGGACACGAAAAGGGUGUCAAUUGUGUGGAUUACUGUCACAGCGGAGACAAACCGUAUCUGAUAUCUGGUGCGGACGACCGCUUAGUCAAGAUCUGGGACUACCAGACGAAGACGUGUGUGCAGACACUCGACGGUCACGCGCAGAACGUGUCGGCGGUGUGCUAUCACCCGGAACUGCCUAUCAUUAUGACUGGUUCUGAAGACGGAACUAUGAGGAUAUGGCACUUAAACACAUACCGACUCGAAAGCACUCUGAACUACGGCUUGGAGAGGGUUUGGACCAUAGCUUGCCUGAAGGGCUCCAAUGGUGUGGCCAUUGGUUACGACGAGGGGAGUAUUAUCAUAAAGUUAGGCCGUGAAGAGCCCGCCAUGUCUAUGGACAGCAGUGGGAAAAUAGUUUGGGCCAAACACUCGGAACUACAGCAGGCCAACAUCAGAGCCCUCGCCGAGUCCGAUGACCUCAAAGACGGCCACGUUUUGCCCCUCAAUGUCAAAGAUAUGGGCAGUUGUGAGAUAUACCCUCAAACCAUUUCCCACAACUCCAACGGACGCUUUGUUGUGGUUUGUGGUGACGGCGAGUAUAUUAUAUACACAGCCCUUACUCUCCGCAACAAAAGCUUUGGUUCCGCACAAGAGUUCGUUUGGGCGUUGGAUUCGUCUGAAUAUGCCGUUCGAGAGAAUGCCACAAAUGUUAAGAUAUUCAAGAAUUUCAAAGAAAAGCAAUCCUUUAAACCCGAGUUCGGCGCCGAAGGCAUAUAUGGCGGCCAUAUGUUAGGCGUGAAGUCAACGGCUGGCCUCGCCUUCUAUGAGUGGGAAUCUCUGGAACUGAUUCGUCGCAUCGAAAUCGAGCCGAAGAACGUGUUUUGGUCCGAAAACGGAGACUUAGUUUGUAUCGCAACCGAAGAGUCGUUUUAUAUAUUGAAAUACAGUUCGGAAAAUGUGUCCAAAGCUAAGGAUAACAAGAGUGAUGCCAUUACUGAAGAUGGCAUUGAAGACGCUUUUGAUGUGAUCGCAGAGCUCCAGGAGUCAGUUCGCACCGGUCUAUGGAUUGGCGACUGUUUUAUAUACACGAAUGGCGUGAAUCGACUCAAUUAUUUUGUCGGUGGAGAGAUCGUUACGAUCGCACACUUAGACCGAACAAUGUAUUUAUUGGGUUAUAUUCCCCGUGAAAACCGUCUCUAUUUGGGUGAUAAAGAGCUGAAUAUCGUAUCGUAUUCUCUGUUGUUGUCUGUAUUGGAAUACCAAACGGCAGUCAUGAGGACUGACUUCGAGGCCGCCGAUCAAAUCCUGCCCUCAAUUCCUAAGGAGCAGAGGACACGAGUGGCGCACUUCCUCGAGAAACAGGGCUUCAAAGCGCAGGCAUUGGCUGUAUCUACAGAUCCGGAGCAUAGAUUUGAUUUAGCGGUUCAAUUGAGUGACACAAAGAUUGCAUUCCAGUUGGCAUUAGAGGCACAAAAUGAGCACAAAUGGAAACAAUUGGCAGAACUGGCCAUCUCUUUGGCUCAGUUUGAUUUGGCCCAACAGUGUCUCCAUAACGCCCAAGACUUCGNAAUUGCAUUCCAGUUGGCAUUAGAGGCACAAAAUGAGCACAAAUGGAAACAAUUGGCAGAACUGGCCAUCUCUUUGGCUCAGUUUGAUUUGGCCCAACAGUGUCUCCAUAACGCCCAAGACUUCGCCGGUUUGCUUCUGUUGGCCACGUCUUCGGGCAACUCAGCAAUGGUUGAAAGACUGGCCGAUUCGGCACAAGAGAAGGCCAUCAAUAAUGUGUCGUUUUUAUCGCAUUUCAUAUUAGGAAACACUGAGAAAGCGUUGAAUGUGUUGAUUGAGACCAACCGUUUGCCUGAAGCGGCUUUCUUUGCGCGAACAUACUUUCCCUCUCAGGUCUCACGAGUGCUCCAACUCUGGAAAGAGAGCGUCACCUCUAAGACCAAGAGCGAGAAGUCUGCCCAAGCGUUGGCCGACCCAACAGAAUAUGAAAACCUUUUCCCUAAUUUCGAUGAUUCACUCAAAGCUCAGACCUUUUUAGAUAAAAAGAACGAAAUAAAAGGUUUGGAAAAAGCCGUCAAUUAUCCGAACGUUCCCUUCAAUAACGACAGGAAUCCUAUCGAAGAAAUGAAAGCCGAGUUGAGUGGUGUUGAGUACAACCCACAGCCCAAUGCCUCCAAAAACUCUUUGACUGAAAGCAAAGAGAGUGUCGACUUCGAGGAAGCGCUCUCUUCACUCCCCAAAGAAAAAGAAACUAAAACUGAAGCUAAAGAUAAUUCUUUGGAAGAUUUAGACGAAGACUUAGACAACUUAGACAUUGAAGACGAUGAUAACAUCGACGUCUCUGACGUCAAUCUCGAUGAAGAUCUCAUAAGCGAUGACUAA